CAAAUUGGCUGCCUUACCGUUUUCGUCAAUUCUACUUAGAUGUAUCUAACUCGUCAGCAAAUGUAACUUCAACAUCACAAAAAACACGUUGUUACAAAGACGAGACUGAAGAACCGGAUGUACCUCCGGCUGUGAUUGACAUUCCAUGUAGGUACACAGCGAGAUACAUCAUUGUAGGGACUUCCUAUGAUGCUCCAGAAGAUUAUCCUGUGCAUGGUGCUAUAUUAGAAGUAUGUGAAAUAGAAGUCUAUGGCUGCAGCGUAGGAAGGUUUGGAGAGUUUUGUGAAAAUUGUCAGUGUACUACCUGCAGUAUCAUUAAUGGAUCAUGUCCUGUCGCAUGUAGUGAUAAUUGUCGAGAUAAUUCAUGCUAUCCAUUAUCUGGAUAUUGUACAAAUGGAUGCAAAAAACUUUAUUAUGGACACACAUGUGAGCAUCAGUGUAGUUCUAUGUGUAAUUCUCAGAGCUGUAAUCGAGUUUCUGGUGAGUGUACUGCAUGUAAAAAUGGCUUCUAUGGUCCAUUUUGUAAUCAGACGUGCAGUCCAUUUUGUAAAAUUAAUACUUGCGAUUUCAAUACUGGAGAAUGUUAUUAUGGAUGUAAAUCAAACUGGACAGGAGACUUUUGUAACAAAUGCAUUGAUUCACACUUUGGCCGUAAUUGUUCUGAGAAGUGUAGCAUCAACUGCAAAGGAAAAUUAUGCAAUAAUGUCACAGGAGCAUGCACCAAUGGGUGUGAAACGGGAUUCUUCAAGGAGGCUUGUAAUAAACAUUGUAAACCCGGUUGUUAUAACGGAUGCAGCAGAAUUACAGGGUAUUGUGAUAAUGGCUGUGUAGAAGGAAAGUUUGGCACAAAUUGUCAGGACAAUUGUGGAUCAGGAUGUCUUUCUAAGAGCUGUGGACGGAUUAAUGGAAACUGUAGUUGCGCAAAUGGAUGGAAAGGGGAUACAUGUACAGAUCUAGAUAGCAAUAACGCAUUGGAUCUAUCUUCAGUCGGUCUUGGAGCAGGUGUUGGAUCUUCUGUAGUUAUUAUUGUUUUUGGUUUAGUCUUCGCUAUCGUAAUAAAUAUCAGGUAA